AUGUCAUCCGCUCUCAAUCGUGUCCGCGGCCUCUCGAGGGUAUCCUCGCUGAGAGCUGCGCAUCUGUUCGGUCAUAGCUGGCGCGAGGAUUAUCACCGCAGCCUUCAUCUUGUCGCGCGUGGAUCUUAUUGCUUCCAGCGGAAUACCCACCGAGCAAGCAAACAUUCAUAUGGAACGGAAGCUCCUCUUUCUUGCUCUGAACACCUCGCGACCAAUAUUCACCCCCCUGUCGAUAAUAAUAACCACUCAAAAGACCGAACUGCCCCUCCAGCCCAGCCAACUUCACCGUCGACACUACAAAACACAAGCACGUUCGAGUCCCAACCAGAAGAUUACCAACAUACCAAUACUCUCGACAAUUUGAAAUUAAAAACGAAACCGAGAGAAGAAAGAAAGCGAAAAUCGAAACAAAUCCCCACACCUUCCGAGUACCUCAGCAAAACCCUUCAAAAACAUGUCUUCGAACAGGAUGGACAUUCGAGUCUCCGCACCUUUCACUAUGGCACAAGACAAACACACGGUCGACCCCGGCAGAUGAUCUCUCUGCAGGCUACAUUGGCCGAAUAUAUACGAUUGGUGGAUCCGCUCGUCUCUGGCGCUCCCUCACACGCUACUCUAUCCGAGGUACGCAAUGACUUGGACAUUGCGCUUGCGCAUGUGUUUAAGCCAGAGAGCCAUAAGUAUCUCGCUGCGCGAGGCUACGACAUUGAAGAUGUGGUUUCUUGGGCGUGGAUUAUGAAGAGCCAGAAUGCUCGCCAGGCGAUUACCCGCAUGUUUGCUCUGCAAGGCGACAGUAUGCCCAAACAAAUGGAGAUUCCUGUAUUCAUUCCUUUGUUUUUAUUGAAGGAGCAUCACCUUGAUGCGCAGUCAUUUCGACUGCUUCUCGUGUAUGCCUUGCACUUGAUGAGUGGCCAUCCACUCCCAUCUGUCGACUCUCUGCAUGGAGCUUCAGGAGAUCUUGAAAAACCGGCUUCAAGCGAAUACCACCCCCGCAUUAAAUUAGGGACCUGUGUGACACUUAUCGAUCGUUUGGUUCGACAUGCGCGCCAGGUGUGGCCUCGCGCGCUUCCGACAAUUGCCACCGUAUUCUCCCGGUUUUUGACGAGAUCACACACACAAAAGACCAAGAACUCUAAUAUGACUAUGCAAAAGCUCAACCGUGGAAGUACAGAGAAGUUUAACACUUGCCUCUGGCUAUUGUCAAUGCCCACCAAGGUCAAUCCUUUUCGCGCGGCCUCAAUCCAGCAGCAAGCGCAAUUUGAGCUUCUAAAGUCCAUGGCAUCUCACAAGCCAGUGCUUCCUCUCUCUCGAAAGGGCUACCAAGCUAUAGUUGCAGUUCAACUAGCUCACAAAAAGACGCUUGCCGAGCGCCAAUCGGCGGAAUUAAAAUCGCCAUCGUGGCCUCCGUGGAAAGAGGAGAAAUUGGGCAUGGAUGCACAGCGUGGGAAUGAGGGGCUGCAAAGUCGCGCGAUGAACGUCUUGUCUCAAAUGACCGAGGCAGGCUACUCCCAUCGAGUUUGGGAGAAGACCUCCACCAUUUUGGCUGGUUGGGACACUGACCGCAGUCCAACCGUCCAAACAAGGACCUUGGUUCCUCGGUCGAGCUCUCUUUCCCGUGCUAGCGAUGAUGAGAUCGAUAAGUAUGCUGUCGUUUGGGCAGCUCGAAUUCGUGCAACUAGGACCAUACGCGAAGCGUGGGCUUGCUUUUUAGCCUACCAAGAUCAGGGCCUUCCUCCUAAACUCACCAUCUACGCAGAGAUGUGUACCAAGCUGAUUUACCGCCAAAUGGCAAUCAAAGGGCGCGUUGAUGGGAUGGGACAGGCUUUGCCUGGCGAUGGCCCCGAGGUUCAUGCUGAACCUGCGUCCGCUCGUGACAUCAUUUACGUACAUACAGAGCCGCCGACUGUGGAAGAUUUGGUUCAUGAAAUGUUUUCUCAUGAAUUUCGACCGUCGGGUAGAUUCUUAGCUCUUCUGCUUCGAUCUGCUCCCACAUUUCGCACGGGCAUAGAAUAUUUGCGGCGCAGUGACCUCUCUGAGAAACAAAUUGCGGCUCUGUGCGUCAUCUGGGGUCACCCGUCGCAAUGUCCGGCUCCUUAUCUCAAGACUCUUGGUUCACUGCCAGACGCGGUGUUUGUCUCGUUUAUCAAGUUUCUGUGCACUCGUUCCAAGUCAAUUCGCAUGAAAAUGACUGGUCGUCAUUCUCUCUCGCCCAACGAUUUCCCUGCUAUGACCGAGAACACCCAGACCCGCGAGCCCCUUGCUGCUCUCUCUGACUUCCAAGAAGACCUUGGACAGUGGCGGCACCCACGCGCUUUGUGGCAUGCAGUUCAAUUAGUCAAGUUGCGGCAACCGUACUGUCAUUCUGCUUGGGUUCAUCUUCUCGAUGCCAUGAGCACCGAGCGUGUGAACAAAAGGCAUACAGACCGUACCCGCUGUUUGUACCGCAUUAUUGGAUGGCAUGAGACUCUUGCGGUAUUACGUUUGAUGAAGGCCCGGGGCGUGGAUUCCGGAUCGCAGGGGUUCAAGGCAUUGUGUACCGCUUUCAAAAAGGCCGUCGACGCAGGAAUUAGACAUCCUGGGCUUGUGGAAGAGGCUUUGAGUUUGAUCCACAAGGCGACCCAAGGCGAUCCAUACCUAAGCUCUGACCCAGACGCUUUCAACGAUAUGGUCGAAACUGGUCUUAAAACCCUCAAAGAUGAAUUUGAGUCUCUCGUCCUCCCAAAUGCAGCCAUGCCAGAUCUCGCAGAACAUAGCGUGUUUGUGGCGGAACAAACAGACCAAUUCCAACCCAAAGUCCCGCUCGGCUUGCAUGUCCCAUCAUUUGUGACGUUGCAUAGUUUUGUCGGGGCUCUCGGGAUAGCUGGAGACGACGAUGGACUGUUGCAUCUCCUGCACUGGAUGAGUCGCUCGGUUUCUGAGCUCAGCGAAGCCUCUCAAGAGCGCCAAAACGGAAACAAAAACAUGCGUCUUACCCUGGUGGCGACGCGGACUUACCUGGAGCAGUCACAGUCGCAAUCAAAACUGCAGGAAGGAUGCGAUAUUAUCCAAAAAGCGGGUUGGGAAUGGCCCACCGACGAGGAGGUCGAAGAAUAUAGUCGGGGAUUGUACAAAUAG